AUGCCUGAACCGGACGCGCAUCUGCCGACCCACGAGCUGGAGUGGUGGGACGAGCAGGAAGGGCGCACGACGGAGGACGAGCAGAUGGCCCGGAUGACGACGGAAAUUUUGCGCCGCGACCUUCCCGAGUCCGAGUGGCACGGGGACGUGGUCGACGGCGAGAUUGACCACCGCUACUUGCUGAGCGGAGCCGCCGACUUCGCAGAAAAUGGACACGACUACGGGGAUCUGGAUUCUGUGGAAUUCUUUGUUGACAUGGACCUUCACUUCCGCUUCCAGUACCGGGGGUACAUGAACAUAGGGGCGGUAGAUCAGGACCCUGGAUUUGCGGGCGCAGGUGAAGUAGUUUCGUCGCAGCGCUCUGGAGGUACUAGUUCCUCUAGUACACCUCCUGUUCUUGCGCGAGGUGGAGGUGAAGAAAAUGUUCAUGCUUUGUCUACUGCGCGCAAACCGUCUGUCCCAGUUCCGUUCUACACUUACAUGACGCACCGGUGGCUGGGUCGCGACACGUGGCUGCGACAGUCCGAC